AUGGCCACCAUCACCUGCAAUCGCUUCACUGAGGAGUACCAGCUCUUUGAGGAACUGGGCAAGGGCGCUUUCUCCAUUGUCCGGAGAUGCGUGAAGGUGUUGGCAGGACAAGAGUAUGCGGCCAAGAUCAUCAAUACCAAGAAGCUCUCUGCUCGAGAUCACCAGAAGCUGGAACGAGAAGCCCGGAUCUGCCGUCUCCUGAAGCACCCCAACAUUGUGAGGCUCCAUGACAGCAUCUCUGAAGAGGGCCACCACUACCUGAUAUUUGACCUGGUCACCGGCGGAGAGCUGUUUGAGGACAUUGUGGCCAGGGAGUACUACAGCGAAGCGGAUGCCAGCCACUGCAUCCAGCAGAUCCUGGAGGCCGUCCUGCACUGCCACCAGAUGGGGGUGGUUCACCGGGAUCUGAAGCCCGAGAACCUGCUGCUGGCAUCCAAGCUGAAGGGUGCUGCAGUCAAGCUGGCUGACUUUGGCCUCGCCAUCGAGGUGGAGGGGGACCAGCAAGCGUGGUUUGGUUUCGCGGGCACCCCGGGAUACCUCUCCCCCGAGGUGCUCCGGAAGGACCCUUAUGGCAAAGCCGUGGACCUGUGGGCUUGCGGUGUCAUCCUCUACAUCCUGCUGGUUGGGUACCCACCCUUCUGGGAUGAAGACCAACACCGACUUUACCAGCAGAUCAAGGCUGGGGCUUACGAUUUCCCCUCCCCUGAAUGGGACACGGUCACUCCUGAAGCAAAAGAUCUCAUCAACAAGAUGUUGACCAUAAACCCAUCCAAGCGCAUCACGGCAGCAGAGGCUCUGAAGCACCCCUGGAUAUCGCACCGUGCCACCGUGGCAUCAUGCAUGCACAGGCAGGAGACAGUGGACUGUCUGAAGAAGUUCAAUGCCCGCAGGAAGCUGAAGGGAGCCAUCCUCACCACCAUGCUGGCCACCAGGAACUUCUCCGGAGGCAAAAGUGGUGGCAACAAGAAGAAUGACGGCGUGAAGAAAAGAAAGUCCAGUUCCAGCGUUCAGUUAAUGGAAUCGUCGGAGAGCACCAACACCACCAUUGAGGACGAAGACACCAAAGUACGGAAGCAAGAAAUCAUUAAAGUCACAGAGCAGCUGAUUGAAGCAAUAAGCAAUGGCGACUUCGAGUCCUACACGAAGAUGUGUGACCCUGGAAUGACAGCUUUUGAGCCUGAGGCUCUGGGCAACCUCGUGGAAGGCCUGGAUUUCCACCGAUUCUACUUUGAAAACCUGUGGUCCCGGAACAGCAAGCCCGUGCACACAACGAUCCUGAACCCUCACAUCCACCUGAUGGGAGAUGAGUCUGCCUGCAUCGCCUACAUUCGCAUCACGCAGUACGUGGACUCUGGAGGGAUCCCCCGCACUGCCCAGUCCGAGGAGACCCGCAUCUGGCACCGCCGGGAUGGCAAAUGGCAGAUUGUUCACUUCCACAGAUCUGGCGCGCCCUCGGUCCUACCGCAGUAAACCCUCUGAAGCGUGGCCCUGCCCGUGUUGGGUUUGUCACUGACUCACUACCAAGGGGAGACCCCCUCCGACAUGUUCACCUACGGGACUUUGGCUGUUGGCUCUGCUGCUUGGUUCCCGCUGGAAUAACCCCUCGCUUCUCACCGCACACACACGACAGCCCCACCAGUGCAGCACAAGCAUCCCAUCAAACCCCCACCCUGCCGGGGUCAUGGCGCUGGGCCCCCUGCAUGAACCAGAAAAAGAGAAACCGUGAACUUAGACCCACGCAUCUGGCCAGUGUACAGGUCCCCCCUCAUCAGCUGCAUAGUGUUGGUGGGCCUCCUCACUACCCAGCACAUCUCCUGAACUGGGCUCAGACUCAUCAUCCACCUCCAUCCCCACCUCUGCUGGAAGCCCUCCGAGGAAGAGGGGGGCAGUUUUGAGCUGCUCUCUGCUGCAUCCUCCCUGCGUGCUGGUGGAUUUUGCUUUGCUGCUAUCAAGGUCCUCGUCUGCUGCCAUGACUCCCACCUGCUCCCAACUCUCUGAGUUCCUGCUUCCCAGCAGCCUCAUCCGGGAACUGCAAUUCAAUCCAUUUGCCAAGUCCAUUUUUCAUCUGUACCUGUGCAAGGAGGGCCGUGUUUGGAUGGGUGAGUAAAGACUAUCUGUUCUUUUUCCCUUCCCAGCACAGGCUGGCUCCUUCCCAGGAGAGCAAGUAGGUUUGCACCCUGGCUUCAGACAACUGCUGUGCCAAGAAGGAUGCUCUCCCUCCUUCCUCCCUUCUCCCUUUGGAGCAGACACUGGCGAUGCUGGGAGAAGAGAGGAGGAGAAUGACGACUGCUUCCCAGUACCACAUCAGUGCAGACGGGAGCUGGGGAUCUCCCAUCCAUGUCCGGGCGGUAGCAUCACCCCUGUGCCCUCCUCACCCACCACCCAGCCCGGAUUCUUUACCCCAGCACACACCCCUGCCCCCCACAUACAGCACUGGCGUUCCCUUGCUCCCAGCUCCCAGGAUGGGAUGGGGGCAGCCAAGCUGGCUGCUGGCUCGGGGCACAAACCUCCAUGGCCCACGUGACUUCUUCCAGCGACAACAAGGAAUGCAAGCUUUAGUGACGAACUGCAGAAUCUGAUUGUGCUUCAACAAAAACAAACAAGCCUUUCGCUGUCUUCUCCUUUGAGCGCAUGCCUUUUUAUAGGGAAAAGAAACCAACCUACCGUGUAUUUCGUAACUUGAUUUUGAGUAUUUGCUGAAAUGGAUCUUUAUGUAAUAACUAGAAACAUUCAACUGUUUAAGUGGGGAGGGAGGGGGGAUUUUCAGGGGUUGCUGUUUUUCAUUGCGUUUACAUUUGAAGUGGGGUUGUUCUGCCACGAUGCUCCUACCAGGGGUGCCACGGCUGCCAGCCCCCUCCUCACACCGUGGUGGCUUGUCCCGUUCUGUCCCACAGCGUUGGGUGGCAAAGGCACCCAUCUCCGGGGCACCCACACGGCCAUGGCACCUUCCUCAUGGGUCUUCCUGCAGGGCAAACCACGGCGGUGGCUCUGGGAGUGCCACCAGCGUGUGGCUUUCAGGACAGAAGACACGGCCGGGAAGGGAACGUUGGUCUCACCUCUUUUCCAUCAGGUAGAGAUCUGAGAGUGGGUGUUCUUCCGGCAAUUCUUCCACUUCACAUUCUCCUUUUUCCAACUGGAGCCUCUUCACUCACUGAUGUGAGGCUUCUGCAGCACUGCUGCCCCGGGGUACUUUCUAGCUCCACUCUCUUCGUCUGCAUGGUGUUUAACUUUCUAGACGGUGCGUGUGUUGAAAAACAAAGAAACGAACAUAAACUGCUUGUUUUGGACCUAAAAAAAAAAAAAAGAAAAAGGAUAAAAAAAAGGAAAAAAAAAAAGAGGAAAUGUUUCCUCCAUGUAAAUUCUGAGCGUGUAUUUUGCCUUUUCUGUGGUUUUGAAUGCUUUGCUCUCUGUUGAGGCAGGGACGGCCACCAUGCCAAAUGUAGCUGCAUCCUUGCAGACUGCAAAAAUAUUUUCCCACUGGAUGGAGGGGAAGAAAUCUAAACUGCUGGGGGCAUGGACAGGCCCUGAGAAGUGUUUUGGUGUGUUCUGUGCCAGCAGUGCAAUGGCUGCUGGUGAUGUAUGUAGGAGAUGCCUUUGUGGGGGCAAAUCACAGAGCUGAUCCAUGGGUGUCCAUGGGGCUCCCCAUGCCUUUGGUGGACCUGUGCACCAUGGGCUUGCAAGAGUUCCCCAAAGUAGGGAAAUCCAUGCAGGGAAAGGAUUGGCUUUUAAGGUAGAGUUUGGGUGUUUUUACAGAUCUGUUUUUCUUCCUGUAGUCAUGUAGUGCUGAAGUUUUUUUAAUUUUUAAAGGAAGGACUCAGCUCUUUCACAGUUCUCUCUCUCCCUCUCCAGAGCUGGCUCUGAAGCCAGCUGUGGUCAGUGUCAUCCACCUUCUGAUGUCCAAGCUCUCCAGGUGUCAAGAGGAUUUUUGGGAAUUGGUAUAAGGUGGAUGAUGAUGGAAGACAUCAUAUCAGGCCUCUGCAUGGGGACUGAAGGGCAGAUGCCAUAUCAGCCUGGUUUUGAAGCUGUUUGGAUGGGCUGUGAGGGGGAAGCUGCUCCGGCAGCUGCUACUGGAGAAAGAACUGGGGUCUGGUGGGAUUCGCUGGGAAUAACAGAUGUUGGGAUAGACACCAUCUUCUUUCACUGAGAACCCACAGUUACUUCUAGGGAGAAGCAUCUUUGCUCCCAGGAGGGCUCUGAGGUGUCUUCUUGGAGGGAGUUUCUCCUCCUUAAGGUUUUCCUAAGGUCAUCUCCCCAAGUGGCAGCUGGAUGUCCUUGCAACACUCCUUUCCAAGGGAAGCAGAGUCUGAAGUUUAAACUCAUUCUAGUCUUCCAGUCAAGCUGCAGCCUGACCAAGGAAGACCCAACUUCCCAAUAUGCCCAUGCUGGCAGCAUUAAGCACCUGCACUUUAGGGGUUUGUCCUUCCUGGUGUCUCUGCCCCACUUUGCCCUGCUUUUCCAGAGCAGGUUCCUGUAUCUCCAGAGCAUCUCAGCAAGCACUGAUGGACCACCACCUUUUCUUUCAGUAUCCAUGGAAAACAUCUGUUUCUGUCUUCCUUCACAUUUGCUGAUUUCUCCUAGACUUUCAGGAAAGCUAUAUAAAUAAGUUUCCACCAUCCUUCUUUGGCUGGAAGAGGCAGCGAUGCUGCUGUUACAUCUCUACUUUUAAGCUGUUGACACUGUCCCUGACACAUUCAAAUGGGCAUUGCCCCAACAAUCCCACCAUGGUUCUGGGAAUGACAGCAUCCAGGCAUGUUCCUAAUAAGCAACAUGGACAAGGCCACCUUGUUGGGGUGGAGUUUGCUACCGUGGACCUGUCCCAUCGGCCUCAAGGCUGGAGACCAGGCUAUGGCACAUUUAAUUUCCUGGCAUAGACAGAACUCCUCUCCUCUGGUCUCCUGGUGCCCAGGUCAAACCAAAUGCAGAAGUCCCCCAAACUCAUCCUUUCUUCCACUUCUCCCAGACCACAGAGGAUUCUAACUGGAAGCACUUGCUGUAGUGGUGUCACCCUCCCAUCUCCAGAGGUGAGUUUGGGAGCUGCCUGUUUUCCCUUCCUGGCUGCCACAGUCCACUGGCAACAUCAUAAUUUCUCACAUCUUGCUGAUCACAGAAUCACAAGGUUGGAAGAGGCCUUCAAGAUCAAGUCCAACCCAGCCCUAACACCUCAACUAGACCAUGGCACUGAGUGCCAUGUCCAGUCUUUUUUAAACUCAUCCAGAGAUGGUGACUCCACCACCUCCCCAGGUAAACCAUUCCAAUACUUUAUCACCCUUUCUGUAAAAAAAAAAGAUGCAUCCCCUCUGGAAGACAGAGGCCACUCCUGGGCCUUUGCUCUUUUCUGGAGGAGCAGGCACUUUCCUUCUCACCCCAGCCAGGCACAGCUGGGAGAGUUGUCUUUCCUCUCCAGACCCACAUGAAAUGCCCCUUCUGCCAGGCACCAAAUCCUUGUCUGAUGCCAAACCUGCCUCUCCUCCCAUGGAUGCCCCCAUGGAUCCCCAGAAGCUGGAGCAGACAGCACUCAUCUACUCCCACUUGGAGCUCCCAGUGGGCUCUGCAGCCCGUGGUGGGAGAGGACAGCCACACAGCCCCAUGGACCAAGAGGUGUCUGCCAGCAGGAGAUCACAUAACCUCCUCUGACCACCCCAGGAGACAGACUGACCCUUCUUCCCCACCACAGGACGGGUUAUGUGGUGUACCCCACGCUCUUGAUGCUGCACAGAUCCUCCAGCCAGCAGAGACCUUGCCUUGUCCCAAGAUGCAGGUCCCAUCCAUAACAGACAGGGAAACCCAGAUGUGAGCAGGCUGUGGGGACACCAGAGCAGGGGCUGAUGGCCACUCUGCCACCAGAUUCAUCUGAUUCAUGCUUCCCUCCUGCAGGUCAUCAACAGGGAGGGGGAGAGAGGGAGCAGUGGAGGGGACUAGAUCGAGUGGCUCCUUCCUUCUUUGGAUUGUUGUCCCUUUUUUCUAACUGUUGCACAAUUUUAGGGCUUUUGUAACAUUUUUUGGACAAGCAGGGAAAAUAUGUUAACAGUGGUUUAAGGGAAAAAAAAUGAGAUCUAUCUCUCUCUCUUAUAUAUUAUAUAUAUAUAUAAAAAAUAUAUAUACUUACAGGAAAUCUCUAUGGAAAUAUUUAUUUAAGAUGAUUGCAAAAAAUAUAUUAUAAUUAAGAGUAUACCAAGCUUUGUCACGUAACAAAAAAAUCAAGCCCCGGGGAGGGGUAGCUGCCUGUCCCCUCGUGUCUGUUUGUCCGUACGGUUGCAGCUGAAGCCUUUCUCUUCUCUUUUUGUAAGUGCACUCGAACUGUUGAGCAGUGUGACCGUGUUGGAUUCAGUGGGAACUUCGGGGGGGGGGGGAGGUGGGGGAGGACUGAUUUUGUUUCCUUUUCCUUUGUCUUUUUUUGAACCUGUGGCUGUGAACAGAAUGAUCACUGCUCAAAUCGGAUGCUCUGUUUGGGGAGGGCGGUGGUGGGGGGGACGGGGAGCAGGGUGGGUGUGGGAGGGAGGGCGAGUGUCAGUUUUAUUCUUGGUGUUCAAGUGCAAUAAAUAGCUACCAACUUCUGAGCA